AUGACCUCAAAUGAAUCUUCUGUUGAUUCUGGUUUUGUUGAAGAGGAGAAAACUUCAAAAAAGGCAGCAAUCGAAACCAAAGAAGAAGAAGCUAAAGAAGAUGUUAAGCCCCAAAUAAAGUCAAUUUUGCUCAAACAAAGAUUUAUAGUCGAAGAAAAACCAAAAAAGAAAGUCAAAUUUGCCGAUGAUUGCGGCCAGUUUUUGUGUAAAGUUCGGUGUAUUCCCGCAAGAGAAAAAAUUGAUAUUUUGUGGAAUGAUGUUGUUGAUUUAAGGGAGACGAGUAGGGCCGAUAAUGAUUCUACGAGUUGGAGGGAUGUUCUAUUGUUUAAAUUAAUUAUGACUGCAGGCUUUAGGCAAGCUUUCUUUUUUGGAAAUUAG